AUGGAUAAACUGGGGACCGUCAUCACCUUAGGCCAGAGUGUGUACAAACAAUGUGAGAUGAUGCGGCACUGCAAGGGACAGUGUAAGCGUCUGAGGAGGCGCAUCCACGGCCUGCUGCAGCCUCUGAAAAAGCUCCAGGCCCAGGGAGCGGGGCACCUGUCCCCGGAGAUCCUCGCUGCCCUGGCCAACUUCCAGGCUGCCCUCCAGGAAGCUCAGAGGAAGAUAGAUAAGUUCAGCGAUAAGUCCAAUCUCUGUAAGUUUCUAACCUCGGGGAAGAACAAAGAACUCUUCGCAGACGUGAACAGUCGGCUGAACGAUGUCUACCAGGAGCUCUCGCUGGCGCUCCAGGUGCACCAGUGGGUGUCUGUUUCCAGCACCAGCAAAGAAGCCUGGGAGCAGGAAGAUCAGCAGGAUGCAGAGGAAGACUGGCGGGUCUUCCAAACCGAAAGUGAACUUAUUGAAUCUUCAGUGGAGCAAGUGAAAAAUGAAGUGGGAAGAAUCGUUAAGCACUGCAUAGAGAAGUCAAGGAAGGCGAUCCUAACGUAUGAAGUCAAGGAAAUUAAUAAGGAGGAGAUUUCAGUUUUGGACUCGCUAAAGAAAAACGAAUUCAGUGAAGUUUUUGAAGGAAAAUAUUUCGAAUCUACAGUGGCCAUAAAAGUAUUCAACAAUGUCCAGAGCAGAAACCCUAACAUAGUGAGGCGUGUUUUCAAAAAUGAGGCCAUGACCAUGAAGAAAUUUGAUUCUCCUAACAUCCUGCAUAUAUAUGGGAUUUGCAUUGAUGAAACAGUGACCCCACCUCAAUUCUCCAUUGUCAUGGAAUACUGUGAUCUCGGGACCUUGAGGGAACUGCUGGAUAAGAAAAAGGACCUCACAUUGGCUGACCGCAUUCUCCUGGCCAGGGAGGCAGCCAAAGGCUUAUGCAGGCUGCACCAUUCUGAACCCCCUGAACUCCACAAAAACAUCAGCAGCAGGAGCUUCCUAGUAAAUAAAGGCUACCAAGUGAAGCUUUCAGGAUUUAAGUUGAGCGAAACACAGACUUCCAUUGGCAGAACAACUAAGAGGGAGAAAAAAGAAGAGAGAGUCAAUUCCGCAGCCUAUUUCUCACCUCAAACACUGGAAAAUGUGUAUAUUAAAUAUGACAUAAAAGCUGAAAUAUACAGCUUUGGAAUUGUCCUCUGGGAAAUCAUCACUGGGAAGAUCCCGUUUGAAGGCUAUGAUUCUAAAAAGAUCUGCCAGCUGGUGGUUAAGGACCAGUACCAGGAGCCACUGGGUGAAGAUUGCCCUCCACAAUUGCGGGAGAUCAUUGAUAGUUGCAGGGCUUACGAGCCCUCUGGGCGGCCUUCUGUUAAGGAAAUCUCAGACAAACUGAAUAUCUUUGGCAAAGUUGUGGACUGA